AUGGUGAAGUUAUUCACUCUCUCAAAUUGCUUCUUGGCAGCCUUAAUUGGUCAAGCUGCUGGCCACUUCGUGGUGGUUUACCCUCCAAGCGUCGGAUUUGACGAUGCCAUUGAAGGCAACGCUCCGUGUGGAGGCUUCUCUGUCGAUUUCAGCAAGGACAACAUAACAGACUUCCAUGUUGACGGAGAUGUACUUGCAUUGCAAUCCUUCCACCCGCAGGUGACUUGGCUCUUUCGUGCUACAUUGGACCAAACAGCUUCUGGAAACUGGACCAAUCUCUUGCCUGCCGUUCAGCAGACUGGCCUCAAUAACUUCUGUGAGCCAGCUGUCAAGGUCCCAGCAACUUUCGCCGGCUCGAAAGGUGUGAUUGGAAUUGCUGCAGAUUCUCCAGACGGUAUCCUCUACCAGUGUGCGGCAGUCAACUUCGUUACGGGCGUCGGUGCCACACAAGCCUCUUGCAAGAACGAGUCCAGUACGACUGCCUCUUUCGUCGCAGAUGCCGCCCUGUCCAGUUUGCCUUCAACUGCAACUGCAAGUGCUACAAGCUCGGGAACAGCCACUUCGAGUCCAACCUCAUCCACCAAGCCUUCCGCUGCAAAUAGCAAUUAUGGAUACAGUGGGUUGGGAAUGUUAGCUUGGGUUAUGGUUGUCGGAUCUGCUUCAUUUUUGGCCUGCCUUCUGUAA